AUUACUUGAUCUACCAGUAAACUCGAGGUUUGAGUGCAUGGCUUGAUCAAUUUCUGAUAAGAAUUCACUCAUAAAGCUUUUCAUACUGCCUAAUGAUUGGGCAUUUCCGGUGUCGGUGUACGAGUCUCCAAAAGCAAAAACCUUAGAGAAACUAUGAGCAAAUUGGCUUUUGUCAUAACCCGUAGAAAUAUCAGAACUUACGGAAGAACUAGAGUUUGUAGAACCUUGAGCAUCAUAAGAAUUGGUGCCUCUCAAAGAACCAGUGUGUACCGCAGAGUAUCCAGAUGUCGCAAAAGAACCGGUGUGUGCCGCAGAGUUGCUGGAUGUUGCAGAAGAACCGCUGUGUGUGACAGAGUGACUAGAUAUAACAGAAGAACCGAUCUGUGCCGCAGAGUGACUAGAUCUCGCAAAAGAACCGCUUUGUGCUGUAGAGUGACUAGAUGUUGCAGAAGAACCAAUGUGUGGGGAAGAGCCUGAAGUUGUAAAACUAUCACCCAUAGGAGAACCAACAACUGUGGAAGGGCCCAUAGUAGAACUAGAAGAUGUAGAAGAACCAGUUCUUGUGGAAGAACUGGAAUCACCAGAAUGUGAUAAAGCAUGUGAAUCUUUAAAAUUGUUGGAACUUGAACCUGUGGAAGAGGUUGAAUCACCGGAACUUGAACUUGCGGAAGAGCUUGAAUCACCGGAACCUGAUGUACAAUUCAAAUUAUUAGAAUCCUUAGAAUGUUUACAACAUGAUAACGAAUAUGAACUUGUGUACGUACCAGAGUUUGUGGCAGAGUUAGAAGCACCAGAAUCAUUAAAGGAACCAAAAUGGUUAAAAGAACCAGAGUGUGAAGAUGAACUGGAAUGGGACAAUGACCCAGAAGUUGAACUAGAAUGUGAGGACGUGCCUGAACCCUUAUAAGUGCUAGAACCCAAUGAAGAGCCGAAACUUUUAGAAGAAGCAAAAUGUGAGGAUGAUCUAGAAGUUGCAUUUGAAUGUGAGAAAGAUGAAGAGUCAUGACCCGUAGCAACACUGUGACUUGUAGAACCGGAAUGUGAAGACGGGCCAAAACCCUUAGAAUCACUAGAACCUGAUGAGGAACCAGUACUUGAAGCCCCGGAGCCUGAUGAAGAGUGAGAGGUUGUAGCAGAACCGGAAUAAGACUUGUUUGAAUUUACGGAAGAGACAGAACCUUUAGAAAACCAGAAUGAUGAAAAGAAGCUGAAUGUGAAGCUGAACUGGAAUGUGAGGAUGCGCUAGAAGCUGAACCUGCAUGUGAGAAAGAUGCAGAGCUAUGACCCAUAGCACCUCCUUGAUUUGAAGAAUCAGAUUGUGAGGAAUUGUUAGAACUCUUAGAAACCCCAUUACCUGAUGAAGAACCAGAACUUGUAGAGGAACCGGAAGCCCCGGAACCUGAUGAAGAGUUAGAAGUCACAGCAGAACCGGAACCUUUA